AUGCGGAUCGGGCUACUUCAUAAACUGACAGCCAUGCAUUGCGACGAGCCAGUAGCAUGCUACUGGGAAUUGAUCUUCACCACUUUUCUGAGACUGGUUGGAGGAAGAGACGAGCUUUUAUUGCUGAUUGACGGAGUUACGGUCGAGCUGCUUCAAUCUUGCGUCCCUAAAUUCUCUAGUAAAGAUUUGAACUCGUUGCGAGUCGAGUUGGAGGAGGGCCGACUUUUUCCAAACUUCUCGGAAGGCGCUCAACAGGACAUAUGGGCGCGUUUGAAAGAGAUCGAUUAUCCAAUUCCAACCUUGAAAACAUUUUUCAAAGAUCGGCUCUAUCUCGAUGUGGCUCAAUGUGUCAUGAAGAGGCUGUUCGUCCAGCCGCGAAGGGAAAAGAUUACCAUCGACCAGGGUGUGUAUGGGAAGUAUGACACUCCCGUUCCCGUCUCGACGGCGCUGAGACAGGAAUGGCUGGGAUCCGACCUACUCGAAUUUUGGCGCUUCAGCUUCCAGUACGGAUUUGAAAUGACCGAUCACCAACGCCUUAAAUGGCCGACAGACGCUGAUCCCGAGGAUAUGCUUGGUCGACGGAGCUCCGGAUUGUUCUUUCUCCCCAAGCAGGAAAUAUGGCGCCAUUUCUUUACACUGGUGAGAGCGAGGGGUUUCCAAGCACCCGUCACAGACGACACGUCAUUUGCAACAGGGGAGCUACCUUCCCCUAGAGUGUGCGAAUACCCAGAAGACUUAGCCGAAGAAAUAGAAGUUGCGAAAAGAUGUGGAAAGCCGUACUCGAAUACUGUCGAGGCAGAUCGAUUCGCUUUGUCCGCAGAGUCGCUGCGGCAAAGUCAAGCCUCAGUUCGAGUGACAGCGGGGUUUCUCCGACAGUCUGUUUUUAAGGCGUUCUUUGGCUAUCUGUGGAAUAGCAAUAGUCAAACGCCCGGUGGUGAUCCUCCUGACGACAACAUUGAAGUUCCACAUCGCGACGAAAGCCCGACUAGAGCAGAUGAUGAUCGGGCCAUGAUGGCCACAGACGGCAUGGACGUGGACCCUGGGAGUCUCAGACCGAGUCCUCUAGCCACCUCGGCAGCCCGGGCUCAUAAUGCUGUGGUUACUGCUUCACCAGCUGACAUACUGCCGCCGUUCGGUGUCAUGACCAUGACAGUUGGAGGAAAUACACGAAGAUUAGACCUACCAAUCCACUACUCGUUUAUGAACGACUUUUCGACUGGCCUAUUCAACAAUAACUUCAACGUCCAGACCGAUGAGAGGGACAAACGAUCCAUUUCCCCAUAUACGUGCUACACUCAUUAUCUGCACAAUCCGUUGUCGGUGCUACACGCCGAAUUUAGACAAAAUGAGCAUACUACCUACGCUAUUGCACCCUCACAAAACGGCGCUGGGGGUAAGAGAAAGAUGCUUGAUAAAGGCCAGCAGAUGGCUAGAGCGGAAAUAUGGUUACAGGAGCAAAUUGCGUGGCUUUGGGAUCCGCGUAAUGGUGACGAGGAGCUUUGA